AAAUUUUAUUGCGGGAAUCAAACCUUUCGCUGUCACGAUGUGGAGUGGACGUGUACUUGUCUAUUUUAUAGCAGUCACCAUUUACCAUGUCGUCAUCUUAUGCACUUAGCACGCGAGGGGCAUGGCUUCAAACUGCUUCCAGCUAUGGCAAUUCAUGAUCGGUGGAGU